AUGUACAAUAGCCACUCCGACAUUUGGUUUGCUGGCGCCUUCGCCGCAAUAACAGUCGACUUCAUCGUCUACCCCUUCGACACACUCAAAACGCGCAUCCAAUCCCCGAACUAUGAGCGAGUCUUCAAGGACGCGCGUACGGGGGCAAUUCGACGCAAUGUCCUAUACAAAGGAUUAUACCAAGGCGUAUGGAGCGUGGUAUUCUCCACCAUCCCAUCAUCAGGAGCAUUCUUCACAACCUACGAAGCCGUAAAAUGCACCCUUCACUCCUCAUCAACCCACUCUCAAGACUCCAAUCCGGAAUACUACGAAGGAUCGCGAAUAGUCAUCCCACUCCCAUUCACCCAUUCCCUCCCCGUUCCCGUUAUCCACGGCAUCGCAUCAUCAGCUGGAGAGAUGGUGUCCUGUCUGAUGCUCACGCCCGCCGAGGUCAUCAAACAGAAUGCACAGAUGAUCGAUAGACAAGCAAGUGGUUCGAACAUUGCGCCUGUGCGACAAGUCCUCUGGAAAUUCAAGGGUCGGCCUUGGAAGCUGUGGAGUGGGUAUACUGCGCUCGUAGGGAGAAAUUUGCCUAUGACGGGGUUACAGUUUCCGCUUUUUGAGUAUCUGCGUUCACGGAUUCUGGAUUGGAGGAGGGGGAGGAGGGAUGUGAAAGGGAAGGGGGAGGAGGUGAAGGAACAGUUGAUUGAGAGGGCUGGUGUUACGGGGAUGAGUGCGGGUAUGGCGGGGACGGUUGCGUCGCUUGUGACGACGCCGAUUGAUGUUGUGAAGACGAGAGUUAUGCUUUCUGCUAGUUCGGAAAGUAGCCAAGGCCAGGCUGGUGGGAAGGCGAAGAAGGGAGCGUUGGCUGUUGGGAGGGAGAUCUUUGUGAAAGAGGGAGUGAGGGGGCUGUUUAAAGGUGGUGCUAUUCGGGCGGGGUGGACGGCUAUUGCGGUUAGUUUGUAUUUGAGUAUGUAUGAGGGUGGGCGGUUCUUUUUGGAGAAUCGGAGGAAGCAGAUUGAGGGUGUCGGAGGGGCGGAGGAGGGGGACGCCGUUAUGUAG